CUAUAAAGUAAGGCGAUCUAUACCUGGCAAAUUCAAGAAUCGUGAGAUUAAUAGAUCGACCCAAGCCCUUUCCUAAAUCCUUCUUCAAGAUGCAAAUUUUCGUCAAGACCCUCACUGGCAAGACCAUCACCCUUGAGGUGGAAAGUUCUGAUACAAUCGACAAUGUGAAGGCCAAGAUCCAAGACAAGGAGGGAAUCCCUCCAGACCAACAGAGGCUUAUCUUUGCUGGUAAACAGCUGGAGGAUGGCCGCACCCUUGCUGACUACAACAUUCAGAAGGAAUCCACACUCCACUUGGUCCUUCGAUUGAGGGGUGGUAUGCAAAUUUUUGUUAAGACCCUCACCGGAAAGACCAUUACAUUGGAGGUGGAGAGUUCAGAUACCAUUGACAAUGUAAAGGCAAAGAUUCAGGACAAGGAGGGUAUCCCCCCAGACCAGCAGAGGUUGAUUUUUGCUGGUAAGCAACUGGAAGAUGGCCGCACAUUGGCCGACUAUAACAUCCAGAAGGAGUCCACCCUCCACUUGGUGCUUCGUCUUCGUGGUGGUAUGCAGAUUUUUGUGAAGACACUUACGGGGAAGACCAUCACCUUGGAAGUUGAAAGCUCGGACACGAUUGACAAUGUUAAGGCCAAGAUUCAGGACAAGGAGGGUAUCCCCCCAGAUCAGCAGAGGUUGAUUUUUGCUGGUAAGCAAUUGGAGGACGGGCGCACCUUGGCCGACUAUAACAUCCAAAAGGAGUCCACCCUCCACUUGGUGCUCCGUCUUCGUGGUGGUAUGCAGAUUUUCGUGAAGACACUCACUGGGAAGACCAUCACCUUGGAAGUUGAGAGCUCAGACACGAUUGAUAAUGUCAAGUCCAAGAUUCAGGACAAGGAGGGUAUUCCCCCAGACCAGCAGAGGUUGAUUUUUGCUGGUAAGCAACUUGAGGAUGGGCGUACCUUGGCUGACUAUAACAUCCAGAAGGAAUCCACCCUCCACUUGGUGCUUCGCCUUCGUGGUGGGAUGCAAAUUUUUGUGAAGACACUCACAGGGAAGACCAUCACCCUGGAGGUUGAGAGCUCUGACACGAUUGAUAAUGUUAAGGCCAAGAUCCAGGAUAAGGAAGGAAUCCCCCCGGAUCAGCAGAGGUUGAUCUUUGCUGGGAAGCAACUUGAAGAUGGGAGGACCCUUGCAGACUACAACAUCCAGAAGGAAUCAACUUUGCACUUGGUCCUUCGACUCCGUGGUGGCUUUUAAGUGUGAAUUAUGGACUGGAACCCUACGACAGUCCAGUCAUGUUUGUUGUCUCCAGUGGUUUAUAUUGAUGGUUUAUGUGUAUGUGCUUGCUAUGCUGCUGCUGUCUGCUUGUACUCAAAAUAAAUAUCUUAAAAAACUUGUAGUGUCCUUGUUUGUGGUUGAA